AUGAUGUUCACGUGUCGACAGGCGUCAGUCAAGUGUUUUGCUUUCUGUGGAAUUUUUAUCCGAAACUUACUUACAACAUGAGAGUUAGCUUGGCUAUUUGCUGCCUUUUCUUCAUUGCGGGAGCCAUAUGCGAUGAUACGGGAAAAGAAAUCAUAGAAGCUUUAAAAGAGGAUAUAGUACCUUGUCUGGCAGAAGCUGAGAUUUCAGAAGAUGAAGUUGCGAAGUUUAUCGAUAAUGACUUGGAAGGUGAGGAAAGGAUCAAAUGGGGAUGCGUGAAAGCCUGUGUUAUGAAACGCAUGAACAUCAUGACGGACGGUCAAAUCCAAGUAGACAACUUUAAAGAGCUUAUCGAUAAGAAACUUAGCAAAGAGUUAGACUCAACCGCGGAAGGAUUCGAUCACAUAAAGAAAUGUGCGGAAGAAGUUGCAGGGAAAACCGACGAGUGCGACGUCGCUUUCGAGUUUUCACGCUGUAUGACGCCGGCUUAAUUCAAAGGAAUUUCGACUUCUUGAUUUUUUAAAUAGCAGAGGAAUGUUGGAAUUAUCACACAGAAAAUAAUACAAGAUAUGAUGCAACUGUUAAGAUAGGAAUAUAAAAGCAAUUAGAUGAAAGUUGA